AUGAGGCCCUGCCACAGGCAGGCAGCUAUUUAUUUAUUUACAUUUAUUUAUUUAUUUAUUUAUUUACUUAUUUAUUUAUUUUCGAGACAGACUCUCGCUCUGCUGCCCAGGCUGGAGUGCAGCGGCGUGAUCUCGGCUCACUGCAAGCUCCGCCUCCCGGGUUCACGCCAUUCUCCUGCCUCAGCCUCCCAAGUAGCUGGGACUACAGGCGCCCGCCACCGUGCCCGGCUACUUUUUGUAUUUUGAGUAGAGAUGGGGUUUCACUGUGGUAGCCAGGAUGGUCUCGAUCUCCUGACCCCGUGAUCCGUCCACCUCGGCCUCCCAAAGUGCUGGGAUGACAGGCGUGAGCCACCGCCCCCGGCCUAUUUAUCUAUUUAU